AUGGCUUCUCGCACUAUCCCCUAUCGGGAACUGCCACGCUUCUCCGCCUUCAUGUCCCUUCGUCGACUAUAUAAUCCCGCCGGUGCGUCGCUCGACGACGUCUCCUUCCCACGUCCGUACGCCUCUGUCACCCUGAGGUCGGACGCCACCGCUCGGAACCCUUCCCUCUCGGAAAUGACCGUUCCCCAAAACGAGUGCUCAGCCCCCUUCUCUCCCCACUCAUGUCGCUUGCAAGGGACGCUGGCGUCCACCGACUUGGUCGAUAUGGCGAGCAUAAGUCGCUGA